GCGGCGGCCAUGGAGGAGCCGGUCGGGGAGGCUCCGUCGCCGGAGGUAACGGCGGCGGCGAGGAAGCAGCAGGGGGUGAAGCGGCAUCACCACAAGCACAACCUGAAGCAUCGCUACGAGCUGCAGGAGACCUUGGGCAAAGGCACCUAUGGCAAAGUCAAGCGGGCCAUCGAGAGGCGUACUGGCAGAGUGGUUGCAAUAAAAUCCAUUCGUAAGGACAAAAUUAAGGAUGAACAAGAUAUGGUUCACAUCAGACGGGAGAUUGAGAUCAUGUCAUACCUCAGCCACCCUCAUAUCAUCGCCAUAUAUGAAGUGUUUGAAAAUAAAGAUAAGAUUGUAAUCAUCAUGGAGUAUGCAAGUAAAGGAGAGUUGUAUGAUUACAUCAGUGAGAGGCGGCGAUUGAACGAAAGAGAGACAAGACACUUCUUUCGACAAAUAGUCUCUGCUGUACAUUACUGCCACAAGAAAGGUGUUGUCCACAGGGACCUAAAAUUGGAAAACAUCCUUCUUGAUGACAAUUUUAAUAUUAAGAUUGCUGAUUUUGGACUCUCCAACCUUUAUCACAAAGACAAGUUUCUGCAGACCUUUUGCGGAAGCCCACUCUAUGCUUCCCCUGAAAUAGUUAAUGGACGACCUUACAGAGGCCCAGAGGUUGACAGCUGGGCCCUUGGUGUAUUGCUUUACACUCUGGUUUAUGGAACGAUGCCCUUUGAUGGCUUCGAUCACAAAAAUCUCAUCAGGCAGAUCAGCAGUGGAGAGUAUCGUGAGCCAACGCAGACCUCAGAUGCUCGUGGUCUUAUCCGAUGGAUGCUGAUGGUAAACCCUGAACGCCGAGCAACCAUUGAAGACAUUGCCAACCACUGGUGGGUUGACUGGGGCUACAAUAGUAGUGUUUGUGACUGUGAUGCCAAGAGGGACUCCGAGCCCCCACUGCUGGCAAGGUUCAUUGAUUGGCAUCACCGAUCUACUGGCCUCCAACCAGAGACUGAUACCAAAAUGAAGUGCCUUUCUAAGCCCAAAGGUCCUGAGGUCACACUAGAGAGACAAAGGUCUCUGAAAAAAUCAAAAAAGGAAAAUGACAUUGCACAGUCCAUCCAGGAAGGAGGAGCUGAAAAUGCAUCCAAACCCACCUCUAAGAGACCCAAAGGCAUCCUGAAGAAAAGGAGCAACAGUGAACAUCGAUCUCACAGUGCAGGUUUCAUUGAAGGAGUGGUCAGCCCAGUGUUACCCUCUGCUUUUAAGCUGGAGCAAGAGUUGUGUAGGACUGGUGUAGCCAUUAAAAGUGUUGUGGAGGGAGAGGUAGCAGGCAAAUACGGCACUAAGCAGUCUUCACUAAUGCCAAAAAAAGGAAUCCUAAAGAAGACUCAGCAGAGGGAAUCUGGCUAUUACUCCUCUCCAGAGCGAAGCGAAUCUUCUGAACUCUUGGACAAUAAUGAUGAGACAGUAAACAGUGACACUUCUCCAGGGGUCACAGAGCCAUCCAGAAAUGGGUCUUACGGCCAUUCCUGCAGGCGUAAGGGCAUCUUGAAACAUAACAGCAAGUAUUCUACCGGCAGCACCGAAUCUGCUUUGAUUAGCCCUGACACACCAACGCUGGAGGCCAUGGAAGAAGUUGUCCUGCCUGGAGAUGCAUUACCUCGAAGUUAUAGUCGUCCAUCCAGCGUGAUUAGUGAUGACAGUAUUUUGUCCAGUGACUCCUUUGAUUUGCUGGAUUUGCAAGAGAAUAGGCCAAACAGACAGAGGAUACGGAGCUGUGUCUCUGCUGAAAAUUUCCUCCAGAUCCAAGACUUUGAAGGACUUCAGAACCGCCCGCGGCCACAGUAUCUAAAACGUUAUCGCAACCGUCUGGGGGACAGCAGUUUUUCCCUUCUCACAGACAUGGAUGAUGUGACUCAGGUCUACAAGAAAGCCCUAGAGAUCUGCAACAAGCUCAACUAGCAGAGGGAAAAUGGAAAGGGAGGGAAGGGAGUUUUUCUGUGUACCUUUAUGGUGGAGUAAGCCAGGUCACUGAUUUGCUGACAGUGGUAGGUUUUGUUUCAAAGGACCUGACUACACCUACUUAGCUGAACAUCUAGUGAAGUAGCCCCAAAGCCAUCUCACGCUUCUCGUAAUUUUGUGUCCUCAAAAUAUUACCUACCUUACCAGAGAAAAACCUUUGGUCUUUGUAUAUGUGGUGAAAACACAUCAGGAUCUAGCAGACAAAAGCAUCAAGAUUUAAUGACUCAGAGUCAAAGCUAGACAGAAUUAAAACUGGAAGUGGGGGACACAUGUUUAGAGAGGUUUGUAAUUCAGAGUUGAAGUGAAUUCUUCAAGUCAAUCUUGGAUGUCUUUUAGAAAGAGAACCUUUAUUUUCCCCCAGAGUUAUUCAUCUGGAUACAGGCAUUGCACAUUGGGAAUCUUUAGCUUGCAUUAUGCAGGAGGCCAGGCUAGGUGGUCACCAUGGUCGCUUCCACUGGAGUCAUCAGAGAGGUUCUGAACGCAUUCUGGGACAGAUAAUUUGAGAGACUUGCCCCAGAAUAACUUCAUAUGGUGUAUGUGGACAAGUAGUGGAGCAGGCAUUCAGAUCUGGCCUCUCCCACAGCCAUUGCUCUUCAGUGAGCAGGAGGCCCUAAAAUUGUUUCCAACUAGUGCUCAUACCAGCAAAAACAGUCACAGAAAUGAUAAAGGGAAUUGGAAGAAUGGAUGUUAUCAGCAGCUAAAUGACCUCUCAAGGCAUUUCGACCCAUGUGUUCAAUUUGUGACUCUUUCAAGAUGGCCAACCAGAUGAAUGCCCAAAGAUGGAUCUAACAAAGGGUCUCAAGGGUUAACUGAUCCUCCAAUCAAGAGUUCAGUCGAUGUCAGCAAAUGGUGCCACCUUGCUGUUAGCUUGUAGUAUUUGAGGGUGACAGAUAGUUUGUGACCAGAAUGUUAGAUAAGGAAAAGGCUGUAGCAUGUAGGAAAAGGAUAGAGGUCAGAAUGUUAGUGGGAAGAUGCCUUUCUCCAAAUGAAAACGUUUCUAGGUAGGUAGUAAUGGAGCAGGAAGAAAUAAGCGAUGAAAUGAUAAUGGUAGAUUUGAUAUCAGAGUUUGCAUAAAAUUGCAGGCCUUUUUCUUUAUAGUGUAGCUGGUACUGCGUGAGCAAUGGUACCAGUUUGAAAAAAGAAAAAAAAGAGAAGGAUAUGUGGUUUUGUUCUCAGACAUAUCUAAUUAUUAAGACUGAAGGCUUCAACUCCCAUAAAGGUACCACAUGGGUCUACUGGAUUACCUGAAUGUAAGCCUAUGUCAGAAAGGCACUGUGUGUUUGACAGGCCUGGGCAAACUGGAAUCUUGAGGCCCAUUUCAGUCUCAUUUCUGUGACCACAUAGCCCCUGGCUUUCUUGGAGGUGCACCUGGUGUGAAUAAGUGGCAGGUUUCAGCCUAUGAUGUCAAGUGACCCACAGCUGCAAUACUUAACGUCUACACGUGUAUCCAGAGCAGAGGGACAUGGGGCAAACUCUGUUCUCGCUCCUACUCCAUAACUGGAACUGAAAGUAGAAUUUGGCCCACUGUGUCCCAAAUCCUAGAGAUCACAUGGAAAUGGAACAGAGUUCCUCUGGAGAUCCCCUGGGAAUCAGGGAUAACCCCAUAAAUCGUUGGCAUCUGGGGCAGGGAGCUAUUUCACUUGCAGAUUCCUUGUUCAGUGUAUCAUGGUACUCAAAUCUGCCGGUUCCUCCUAAAAAUCAACUGGGCUACCUAGCAUAAAGAUGAAUGAGCUUGAACUUCCUAAAUCAGUUAAUCUGCCUCUUAGGAGAACCUUUACUUAUUGUGAAACACUGGACCAAAUUUGGCCCUGGAGUAUGUGGCAUCUAUGAGAGAUGUGCUCUCAGGCAGUCAGGUGAAAUUUGGCUCACUGUCCAUUUGCUCAGGAAGGGCAACUGCAGGUGGUUUCUCUACAGAUGUGUACCUCUCUGUACAGACCUCCCAUCUUCUCACAGGCCCUGCAUGUGCUCUUUUUUGCCCAUCCCAAAUCAACACGCCAUUUUGCAGUGUAUUGAGUUAACAAGUUUGCUGUGGUGCAUUUUAAAAACAACUCGAGGUAGUCUCCGUGGCCUUUCUGAAACGAGGAUGUGCUUUGUAGCCGAGGCUUUUAACUUGUGCCCCGGAGCCAGAUCCUCAGCUGGUGUAAAUCAGCGCUGUCCCCUUGACGUGAUGGAGCAUCCCUUUGGUGGGGCUACGCUGAUCGGCACCUUCCCUGCAGAUCUGGUGCUAAACCUUGGAUGGAUUUAGGGAAGUUUCAGGAUGAAGGGAAGGGAACUCAGCCGGCCAUGGCAGGGAAGUGAGGAGCACCCCAAAAGUCUCAUAUCUCCCGAGGCCUUUGCCCAGGCCUGCUUCCUCGUGUACAAAUGUGAAUGAGUGAGUGACUGCUUGCUGCCAAACUGGAAAUGUUACGUAGGGAUUUACUGGCAUGUUACUGGCAUGUUACAUGUUUACUGGCAUGUUAUCAUUCCUAGAAGAGAAGAAAAAAAAAAAACUUGACUGCACAUUGUUAUUAUUAGUGUUGUGAUUUUUAUUUAAUUUUUUUGUAAUACAAAGUUGACUUUUUUAUUUGAAUUUGUCUUUUUUUUUAUUUAUUGGUCUGAAAGCCAUUUCAAAGGUAUAAUAAUAUAUUUGGUGUAAUUUAAUUGGUGCAACAUUAUUUUACAGCUCCGGCCAAAAUUGUUUGGUGUUAUUUUUUGGUUUUUUUGUUUUUUUCUCCCAAUCCUUGGUUGGUUUGAGCUCUACGAGGCACACAGGGGAAAACGCUGGAUAAUCACCCAAAGUGUUUGUAUUUUUAAUCUGAUACUGUUUUUUAUUAAAUAAAAUGAAAUUAAUGUAACUGUGAAAA